AUGGCUCCACGAAAAGUCAGCAAACGUUCAAACCGAGAAGUUGAUGAAGAUUACUCUGAGCAGCCAUUAGAGAAAAGACAAUUCACUGGACGUUCCACUUGUCAUAGCCGCAGGAAAUCAACCAAAGCAAAGCAAACGCGUAGUAUGACACCUGCAAUCUACAACACGCAAGAAUCGCAGCCACCGCCACCAAUACACUCCCCGUCACUUUCAAGACAUAUUGAAGUUAUUGAUCUCUCGCAAGAAUUCAUGUCAAAAACGAUGACCGAUCAUGGAUCCGCCCAAUUCAGGAGCGGUGAUGUAUAUAUUGAACUACAGGGCCCUCAGAAAUACUCAUAUACUCUCCUUUCAAGAGUAUUAUCUCGAACUUCAGACUGGUUCAAAGCAAGCUUGGAGCAGCCAACUCCCGAAUUCAACCACCAACUUGCAGCAGCGAUGACGCGCACAAGCGGAAUCGCCCACAGAUAUGACCUGAGCUACGAUCCAGAUGAGGGACUGUGGCUCUUAGCAAAGACGUCACUCACUACACCAAAGGAAUUGGACAAAACUGAACAAUCUUCGAACCGUUCCACUCGUCCCGAGCUCUCCCUAACGUUAGACGGAAACUCAAGUCCAAGAACUCCGCCAAAACAACAUCGCGGCACUGGAGACGGCAUCCUGAAAUAUCCUACACCAUCUUCAAAUAGAAAGAAUAUUGAAAGGGGUCUAGAUUUCAACGUUGAGGAUCCUCUGGACAUGAAAAGGUAUGCCUCAGAAGACCCAAGCAUUAAAGAAGAAGAAGAAGCUGUUGAGACAGCUGGAAAUUAUCUGAGCCCCAAGAUCGACAGCUCGGAAGAUUAUCCAAGUAUUAAAGUGGAGACAGCUGAGGAUUAUUUGAAUAUGAGUUACGAACAGAGGCAGGAUACCUUGAGUAUUAUAAAUGAAGAAGCUACAGAUAGCCCUGGGAUAUCUCAAAGCACGAAGGCCGAAUGUGCAGAACAUGAUCAAAACAUGGAAAAUCAGGGCGAGGUUCAGAUAGUUGAAAAUCCCUUGCAAAUGAGAUGCAGAGAAUCAGAAAUCACUGGAAAUGCUAAGGAGAAAGAGGAACUUGGGAGUCUUCCAAGCCCUCACAGUAUGCAGAUCGAAGGUCAGGAAGAUAACCCUUAUGCUAGAGGUGCGAAGGAGGUUGAGAUGAUCGACACUACUCCAACUACUCCACCUACUAAGAACAGAAAGACCGAAGGCGUUCCAAACACUAAAAGGGAAAAUUUGGCUGCAUCCACAACCAAUGGGGGAAAUGAGGGUAACAUAUUUAAAAACGAGCAAGCCCGAGAAGAUGGGGUUUUGGAUACAGCCAAUACCGAUGUUAUUAACCCACAUAUCACCUAUGACGAAGCUAGAGUAGCAUUCAACAAUCUUUUCCUGGCUUACUAUGGAAGGCCCCCAAAUAUCUGCAGCACAAACACCGAAGUCGCCCUUCAGGAGACCGAGCUACUUCUCAACAUCUCCGAGUUCUAUGGCAGCACACCGAUAUUACACGCCAGUCUUAACAGUGCCCUGUUACAGCAUGGCCGCUCCCUCUACAGGGCCAUUCGGAGAGAUCCACCCCGUUGGCUGUUUAUCUCUUACCUUUUAAGAUGCGUGCCUAUCUUCAGAGAAGCGGUCAUUCACAUCGUCGGCUCACACCCACAUUGGCCAUGGACCACGGUCCCAAAAUACAAGAUUCCGGGUCCUCUAUUAGACCUAAUCGAUGCCAAGGUUGAGGAACUACAGAAGCUUAAGGUCCAUGUAAAUGGGCUUCUUUUUCUGUCCUCUAUCUGUGUUGAGGGCCAGGAUGUAAUGUUUGCAAGGGAUAGCAAGGGGACUUCUCAAUCAGCGUACCAAGUCGUCCAUAUAUGGCAUGAUUGGUUUCGCAGCUCCCUCAAGCACGCUCGUUCAGUCGGGAAUGAGGAACAUCGGACCAUGGAUGCGGUUAUGUAUCGCAAGAUGGCACGUGGGGGAGGCGCAUAUUUGCCUUCGGCCGACAUCAAUGAUAUGUUGAAGGCACAAAUUAAGCACCCAAUGGAGGUUGGAGAUGGAAGCGAAGUGAAGGAGGAUUUGGGAAUCAUGAAACAGUAUGCGAUGAAGGUGAUUCAGCCCUUGGUCGAGAAUGAGAGCAUGUUGGAGCCAGAGAGGGAGGGCAUUGACUAUUUGACUUGCACGAGAGUGGACGGUACGGAGCUCCCUUGGGCUAUUCGCCAAAGUCAUUAG